GGCAUCAACAUCAGACGUCUUAUCUCUGAUAUCAAAACAGUUGAAUAUCUAUGUGGGUAGUCUGUUUUAUAUAUUAGGCUUAUUCGGCACCGUGUUCAAUAUAAUUAUUUUAUGUAAAAGAUCUUAUCGAACAAAUCCUUGCAGUUUGUAUCUACUAUCAUCAUCUAUUGUCGGUUUAUUUUCAUUACAAAAUGUUCUAUUGAUAUCAAUAUUUCAACAAUUUAACAUGGAUUUUACUUCAAUAUCGACAUUUACUUGUAAACUAAGAGGCUAUUUCGGUUACAUAAUGAUCAUAUUACCAAUUAAUUUUGUUAUAUUAGCAUCAAUAGACCGUUGUUGUUCAACAGCCCGAUCAGUUAAAAUUCGAAAAUAUAAUAGUAAAACAGUGGCUCAUUCUUUAAUUGUGUUAACAACAGUUUUCUGGUUUCUAUCAACAAUACCGUCAGCUAUUUGUUUUGAAAUUGACUUGACAACGGGUAAUUGUGGUACGCAACUAGGUUUAUGUACAACAUAUGAGCUAAUACAGUUUCUGAUAUUUAAUGGAAUUGUACCACCAGGAAUUUUAAUUGUAACUGGAUUGAUAACAAAACAUCAUAUUAAAAUAAUUCAACGAAGAAUUAUACCAACAACAAGUCAUCGUACACAAAUCCAACAAAUAGAUCAACAACUAACACGAAUGCUUUUAUUACAAUUGAUUGUAUCUAUUUUAGCUGGCGUCCCAUUUGGUCUGACAUUUGCCUAUAAUUUAGCUACAGAAAAUCUAGACAAAAGUCAAGAACGCGUAGCAUGGGAAGGAUUAAUUCGAUCAUUAUUCAUAUUAUUAUUUCAAAUGAAUUAUGUUUCUAGCUUUUAUAUUUAUUUAUAUUCAUCAAAAUUAUUUCGAAAACAAUUUCGAAACCAUUUUAAACGACAAAGAGGCGAUGGUGGACAACAACAGAAUACUUUACAAAUACUAACUGUUAAAAACUAA